AUGUCUGCUCGCUCUGGGCAUUCGGGACCGACUAACGUAGCGCGUGGCAUGCCAAGUGCAACCGGUGAUGGAAAUGCGACCAAAGCGAUGGAUAACCUUCGCGCAGAGAUAAAACUGCUUCACUGGCACAAGUUGGCGAACCAGGCAGCCUUGAAGGCUGCUCUUUUGAAAACGAAGAAAAUUAAGGCUCGGGGAGGGGGCACAUCGAGGCCGGUCCCGGCCAUGACGACACUGUCGAUGCCCACGGACGAAAGGGCAGCUUGGAUGCAGCAGGUGAUCGAGGAAGAGCAGAGCAAGCCCCUCCAGGUCAGCAAGGACUUCAUGUGCAAGUACGAGAAGCAGGAAGAGGAGACGGAGGGUAGACUGGACACGGAGGUCGCUGCGCAUAUCCGGAGCUUGAGGAACCUUCGCCACCAGAUUGAAAAGAGGGGAGAGAUGAAGGCGAGAAGAGUCAAGUAUCGGGCAGCUCAAAAGCAGCUCGAACGUGAGAAACAGCAGCUUCUGCUCGGCAAGUUACACACGACCGAAAGUAGCGGGCCGGCAUCGGCGCGCAGGGAUCCAAGGGAGGGGGUUGGUGCGGGAGGUACAGCUGGGGCUGGGCAUGGACCACCAAAACGAGUGGGUGCGCUUGACACUGUGCUUGGCAGCCUUGACAAGCUGGUUGAGCUCGAAAAACGAAUCAGUUCAUUGGAGAAGAGCAAUGUCUACGAUGACUUCCGCGCCACGAAACAGGGAGGGGCGGGGUCUACCGCCGAAGAUAUAUCCAGAUCGGUGGGACAAAGAAGAAGUUUAGGCAGAGCCGGGGACGGUGACGUUCCUCACCGGCGAAGCAAUGUGGGAAGGCCUGGCGUGGGAUCGAGAAACAGGCGGCUCAGCUUUUCGAAGCAGACCACCGAAGCUACGAUCGACACGCCGUCACAAACGUACUAUUCUGUCCGCGUACGCCGAAAGCCUGGGACGAUCGUGGAAAACAGUGUGCACCAGAAGAGGAGAACAGGAGCAAACAUGGGCAACACUAGUGGAGUCGGAUUGAGAGCCAGGGUGAGAGCGUCGAGCUCGCGGGUGGGGGGGGGGGGGGCAUCCACUUUUCUCACGCAACUGCCGGAUGUGCAUAGACAUCCAAGGGCAGUAGCAGGGCGACAGGGUGGUGACGGAGGGUUUCGAAGCGCUAUUGGAGAGAAGAAGCGCAUUGAGGCAAAGCGUAAGCUGGCCGGUGAGAGAACAGAGGCAAUACGAAUCGCGCGGCAGGACCGCAUUAUUCGCGAGUGGAUGCAACGGAAGAAGGCUGCUGCGGCGGGAGGGAGCCACCGACGCAAGUCGUCCACUCUCUCUCGGCGGGGAGGUGCGCUGGCGGCGAGAGGGCAGAAAACGCGUAGCGAAGGCUGGGGGGCUUCUACCAACCGCGGCCGUGGGGCAAACAACGCGCACCUCCAAGAAUUCCGCGACAUUCGUGCACAUUACGCGAAGCGAAACGAACGUCUCCGCCGAGAUUUGUCCCGAAAGGGACCAGAAAGGAGAGCAUUCUUAGCCGGAACGCGUACAGUCACUGUCGCGACGCGCCCGCGAGCAGCACCGGUAGUCUCGCUCCCACGUUUCCGACCCGCCAGAAUAUCCAGCACGGACGUUGGCGAACAGCGGGAACGGGGGGAUUCGAAACUGUUCGAAGGCACGAUGCGGCGCGAUCAAACGAGGAUGGGCGAGAAGAGGGGAGGAGGUACGCGGCGAGUGGGCGAGGGGCUCGCUGUUGGCGGCACCGGCCUCAGAGCGGCGAGGGCCUGUGGGACACGAAGACGGACCAGGUCGCGCCCACACCGUGCUUCGGCUGUUGCAGUACGAGGAGCUUGA